UCCUUCAGUGCGAGUUUCCCACCACAUCCAGCGGCAGCAGGGACGAGAGCGCACGACCCUCCACCGCGUCCAGACCAGGAUACCUGUAAAAGUGCUUGUUUCUAGUGUUGUGCCGUAUCUUCCGCAGCCAUGGACGUCCCAGUCAUCCUGCUGUUGACUGCAGCUGUUCAGGCCGUCACCGCCUCGUCUAACGGAAGCGACCCACGCAGUUUUGCAUUGUCCAGACACACGGAGACCUACACUUACGAAACCAUCGACUACCCAUUCCCCGACUUGAAUACCCGGUCAAACCAACCCAAACACUGGAUUCCACUGGGUCCCUUGUGCAACGGCUCUGCCCAGAACUGCAACAAAACCGCGUCCAGAGUGAUCGUCUCUGUCUCUGGGCAGACCAAAUCCUUCCUCACAGGGCCGCUGGUCACAGGCUUCAUCCCCACCGUCUACACCCUUGUUUUCCUGAUCAGCGUGCCGCUGAACGCCCUGGCGUUUGUGGUGUUCUCCUUCCGGAUUCGCCGGAAGAAGCCAGUGGUGGUGUACAUGUCUCAGUUGGCGCUGGCUGACCUGCUGUUCGGCCUGCUGCUGCCGCUGAAGGUGCAUUACUACGCCCGUGGUUCUCACUGGGUGUUCGGAGAGGCGGCGUGCCGCAUAGUUACAAUGGCAUUUUAUGGCUACAUGAACUGUUCCAUGCUGCUGGUGAUGUGCAUAAGUGUGGACCGCAUGCUUGCGGUGGUCUUCCCUGUUGCAUCCAUGCAUUGUCGCAAACCACAGAACGCAGCGCUGGUGUGUGUUGGGGCGUGGCUCCUGGCACUAGUAGCAGCAGUGCCUUUGCUGACCAUAGAGCAGACUGUGCCAGUGGAAGGGGUUGGUACCACCUGCCACGAUGUGCUGGACCCAGCAGACCCUCGCUAUGUGCAACUCUUCACCUCCAUCAGCUGCAUCCUUUACCUCCUACCCCUGUUUGUUACCACGUCCUGCUAUGCCGCCAUCAUCCAUUUGGUCAAGUCCAAGAAGUCGCUCGAAGGGGCUUUGGCCUCAUCUUCGCUUUCGAGGAAAAGGAGGAGGAGAGCCGCUGUCAUGGUGCUCUCCGUGAUGACGGAGUUUGUGGUGUGUUUUGGGCCGACUAACGUGAUCCUGCUGCUGCACUGCGUACUGACCUGGACGGGCUGGGAUCCCGUGAGCUCGGACAACCUGUACGCUGCGUACAUGCUGGCGGUUUGUGUGGGCAGCGUCAGCACAUGCCUGGACCCUCUGCUCUACUACUUCGGCUCCUCGCAGUGCCGACAGCAGAUCCGCUGUGCCAUGUGUUGGAGGAGGGGAAAGCAGGCACAUGCAGGUUCUCAGGCUCAAACCAGUUCAACAUGGGGAAGCUGCCAGUACAGCACAUCAGCUAGUGGAAAGAGAGCAGUGCUGUUAGGGAGUGUGGAGGUUUGAGUUCAGGAUUGUCAGUAUUAGAAAAGCGGUGAAACUACUGUAGGUCAGUGUUCAUAAGGAAAACAAUCAUACUCAAGUUUUACCAGUUUCCAUAGCUACUGUUUUGGUAGUGACCAUUUCAGCUCACCUGUGUUUUAUCUGAAGCUUAUAGCAGACAUUAUCACAUAUCUGAGCUUUUACAGUGUGGCUUUCAGUAAAGAGUCUGUAUAGAGCUCCUGCCACUGUUUUACAUUCCUAACAACCACCCGGAACCUGCUUAGGCUACGACUCAUAUUCACAGUCAGUGAUGUGUCUAGAUCCUCAAGAAAGGUGUUUUAUUUCCAUAAAAAAUUGGUCGCACCCACUGUAAAUCAAGCCUGAUUGGUUUACUCUGUCUUUCCCCAUUUAUAUGGGUAGUUAAUCUAACGUGUAACACUGUUUAUUCGUGAGCCGUAAGCAGUUGACAGCAAAAUGGCAGUGCAUCGUUUACAAUAGAGCGGCAACCACAGUUGUUAACGUAACGUUCCAUCAAGAUUUCAAUCAAGCCAAUUUCUGCCAUUGAGUGCAAAGGCGAAAUACACUGGAUAUUGUUGAUUUUAGACUAGAAAUAAAGCAUUACAAUACAAAACAUUAAAAGGUGCAUGAAGAAACAUGUAAAUGCCCUUUACAAGCUCCCAAAUCCUGACCAAUGGGAAAGCUCGCUUGGCUGUAUCUACCUAGAUACAGAGAAAACAAUCCGGAUUGGAUCAUUUUCUGUUGGGCGUUUCACAAAUAUUUUUUUUUUUUUUGCAACCAAAACUUAACAAUGAAAUAUGAGUAUCAGUACAAUAUUUGCAGAGUUUAAAUACAGCUAUUAAAUAAAAAUGAACUACAAAUUACAGAUGUAUUUUUUUGUAAUCCACAGAAAUCAUUAGCCUUUCUCUGAAUGUUUAGACUGUUCAAUAAAUUUAAUGCUAAAGAUAAAAACAAAUUGAUUUAAUUGAGGACUUGAAUCUUAAUGUGGUAAAUUAAUAAAAUACAUCCAUUUUUAACAUUAUGGGUAACUUUGUUUUGCUACAGUCAUGAACCGUCAGUACUGCAAUGCUGUGCACAGCAGCAUCAGGUUCAAUAAGGCUUAAAAUAACUAAACUUUCCUUACAUAAAACAUUCAGUCUGAAAAAACUGAACUGUUUAAAGAAAAGAGACAAAACAGCCACUGUCUCUCAUGUAGAUUAGAUAGCAAGUAUGCUAUCAAUGGGCUAAUUUAAUACGUAGCUAAAGUUUCGGUAAGUUAUAGAUCACAUAGCUGGGUUAGUUCUAAUGGCAGCUUGCAGCAGUAGCACGUUCACUAAUUAGCACAGCAGAUAAUUAUUUAUUACUUCACUAGCUUAGGUUUCAGUUUCAGUUUCAAGUGACAGAUAACCUAGCUGGAUUAGCUAUAAUGCUAAUUUUCUAGCAUGCUUGCUGUUGAACCCGGCAUAUUUCCAGUAGAAACUCUGCAGAAAAACAACAACAACAACAACAACAUAGAGGCAACCAAGUAUUUCUGCUGUUUCUGGAUGGUGUAAAAUGACUUUUUUAAUGGGUCAAUGUGACAAUGUACACAAUUCUACUGGUUUAACAGGUGACUAAUAGCUUUUAAAUGCAUGUGAUUGUUUUCUAAUGGGAUCCAACAGUGUUUUACAGGAAACUAGUGGUCUUUAUUGGAAACCAUUAAGCCAACUCUCAUUAGAAAGCAAAACCAUUAGGUUGUAAUCCUAAUGGUUUCUAGUGGUCCGUCUGCAGCAGGGGGUUUACGUCUGUACAGUGCAAUGCCACUAAAGCAAAACAAUUCUUGUACAAACAAAAAUGUCUCCACCUUUAUCAGUUUUUCAGUGUCCUUUAUCUUUUGAACAUGGCACUUGUCCUUUACAGCGUGUGAAUGUUUCUUGAUGAAUAUGACAGAGUAGAAACCUCAUAUACAUUAACUUCCAUUAAAAGUUCAGUUUUUUUCUUUCUUCAGUAAAUUCACCAUUUGGAGAUGCAUGUUCUUCUUUGGACAGUGAGGAUGUAUAAACUGUACUGGGCAGUGAACAGUGGGGCAUGAAGCUUUAAUAAUGUUUAUAUAUUUCAAUAAACUCAUUUCAUAAUAAGUGGGCAUCAUUUAGUUUUUAAUAAUAUGGUCCCUGAGCCUGGCUCAGAGCUACUGGGAUCUAGAACAGCACAUAAACACGGAACUGAUCUAGAACUGGACUGAGAGCUUCUGCUCUAUGUACUGUACUCCGUGUCCAGAGUUAUUAUAGAGUAUGAGAUAAACGAGUGGAAUGGGUGCAGAUGACCGUCUUCUUCACACUAAGAGUCUGUACUGGAUAAGAUGUUGUACUGAAUACAUCUACAUAGCCAUGUGUAUAAAGUUAUGACUUUUUAUAGUAUGUACUUGUGUCUCAUUUACAUUUAGAAUGAUCAUUUUUAGAUUAAUAUUAAAAUAUGUUUGUUUAUAUGCAUUAAAUGAUAGCAUUUAGA